CUGAAAUUGAUAAGUUUGUGAUGAAGCCUUGAAGUCACCUCAGACUUGAGCCAGGAUCAGUCAACGCUUACUCAUGUUAGCAUCAUUCUGUGGUUUAACUUAUUACUUGACACCACCUUGAGUAUAGGUUCAUGUUUUAGUUCUUAUUGUUCAUUCAUUCACAGACACUUCCGAUUCAAUUACCUAGUCGUCGAAUUUAAAGUCGAGGAAUUUUUAUCUGACAACAAUUCAAUGACUAUGCAAUUGUGAAAUGCAAGCUGAUUAUUCGAAAAAAACAGCCGGGAAAGCGUUCACUGAAACAAUUGGAAAGAAAGAAUCUGACUCGUUAAAGAUUCGGAUAGCUUCAAGGAGAAAGCACCGGAAAUGCAAACUUACUCACACAGUCAUGCACGAAGUUUGGACAAUCCACACUCACCUCUAUAUAUUCUAGAUUGUGUCAAUUCUGAUCGGUAAAGUUGUUGCUCUUUCAGCAUCGGUACGCGUUAGAUAUUUCAAACCUUGAGGAUAUUUCAAAAAUGCCUCCUUCAGAUGUGCUUGAAAGGCGCAGGAAAGAGAAAGGUCGACCGAGCUAUCUCGAUGAACAGUUGAUAUCGGCCGAGAACUGGUUGGAGCAUAAGAGGCUGGAUGACAAUUUACAGGGGCUUUGGCGCAUUCACGACAAAUUGUACGAUUUGAGCAAGUUUAUUGAUAAACAUCCUGGAGGUCGUCAAUGGCUCGAACUGUCGAAGGGAACGGACUGCACGGAGGCAUUUGAAAGUCAUCAUGUAGAAGGAAAGGCUGAGGCGAUUCUGCCGAAAUUUUUUGUGAAAACAGCGUCAACACCAAGGGACGUGGAUUACACAUUCCACGCAGAUGGAUUCUACAAAACUUUGAAGACAGAAGCACAGGUCGUUUUAAAAAUACUGCCGAUCAAGCAACUCGAGAUUCAAUCAAAAAUCAUAAUCGAUGCAAUGGCUUUCAUGACAUUUUUUAUGGCCGGAACGGCUGCUUACAAUGCCAGUUACAUAAUUGCUACCAUUAGUGGCUUUUUCCUCGCAUUAACUGCCAUUGCAAGCCACAAUUUCUUUCACAAGAAGGAUAGUUGGCGAAUGUACUACUUUCAUCUCAGCCUUUUAUCAGUCAGAGACUGGCGAAUAUCACAUACGCUGAGUCAUCAUUCCUACCCGAACACACUUCAGGACAUGGACGUGACUGGGUUUGAGCCCUUUUUCAAUUACCUCCCGGAUCCGCGGAAAAAUGUGAUUUCUCGCUUCGUAUCCUGGGCAUAUUAUCCAUUCAUCUAUGCCACUAUGUUUCAUUCCGAGUUUUUUACCAGAUGUAUCCAUAACACCCUUUCGAAGUCAGAACUAUUGACUGCUUCCACCAUUCCUACCCUUCUUUUCUUCGCAAACGGAGGAAAUAUUAUCUCAGCAUUCCUUAUGUGGACCUGGAUUUUGUGUGUGGGAAGCUUAACUUUUCACAAUACCGAUGUGGUAGCAACUCACCGACACCCCGAGACUUUUAUACAAGGAGACGCUCCAAGGAAAGACCGUGAUUGGGGUUUGGCUCAGAUUGACACGACCAAGGAUAACCAAUGGCUGACAGGAAACGCUUUUUUCGCCAUGAUAUUGUUUGCAGAUCACACACUGCAUCAUCUCUUCCCUACAGUUGACCACAGCGUGCUCAAGUUUCUCUAUCCGGUGUUCCUGCAGACCUGCAAGAAGUUCAAUGUAACGUGGAAAGCUGAUGACAGAUCGUUUCAAAUGGCCACAGCUGAGUUCCGGGCCCUGGCCAGGAAUAAACCCAAUCCGUGCCCUCCAAACUGAUUUACUUACAUAAAGUACAUUUACGAGUAACACCUACCUAAACAACUUACAAUAACAUUUCUCACAUAAUUAUUUAUAUCAAUAUAUCUCACAUUUUAAAACCAACUGUCUCUAAAAUUUUAAAAUGAUUUGUACGUAUGUAGUGUGUGUCCGUAUUAAGACAGUAAAUAGUUUCUUAAAUAAUAUUUUAUUACCAUACUGUUUGCCAUGAAGAUAAAAGUUCUACUUCCUUGUACAGAGAAAGUCGGAUACAACGACCCUUUCGGAACCGACUUAAUUCGGUUAUUAUUUCUAUCAAUCGUUACAACCGAUGCAUAAAUACAUUGAAUCAAUUGAAUUUCUGCAGCCGGACUGACCAGAUUACACGUCGUUUCAACCUGUCUGUCGUUAUGAUUGAUUUUGUAGUAUCCAAUUUCCACUGUACAUGAAGUCGGAAAACCUUGGUGUAUGGCGAAAAAUACGACAGUCCCAGAUCUAUCAAGAUGCUAAAAAAUAUCCGACUAAGCUACAGUUACGUCGGUUUGUAGUUAGCAAUUCAACAAGCGUACUUUUUAAGGAAGGAAUUUGUAUACAAUCGUGUCUGAAACUCGAAAUUGUCGGAGAUUGUUGGGACACAACUUAUGCCUUUUUGCUUGUAGGUUCAAAAAUGUACUCAGCCACUAGCAAUUUAUCACACCGUUUAAGGAAUAAUAGCAUCCCCGAAUUUUCGAUUUUUCCCAUUGACUCCACAGUGUUAUAUAAACAACAAUAAAUAUCACUUCAAUUUCCUAAGAGACUCUUUUUAGAACAAAUUGUUUUUCUUUCUGCUGCUCCCUUUAAAAAUAAGUCUGCACCUGAGAAAUUUUAAAUCCAUUUUUUCUUUCAUUUUUAUUUUGUUUUGUUGCAAAUAACUUGAAAAUACCUGUUAGUGAAGAAGAUAUUCUCUACCUCUAGCAUACAACUGGCGAUGAAUAUGAAAUUUUACAGAAAAAGUGGCAUAUUACGUCUAAGUAUCGACUGAAUCUCCUGCAUAAAGAUAAAGCAAUAAGCAUUCAUGAGUACAUGAAGGUGUACUCAUCCCUUUUAAAAGGAUACGCUGGACACUUGGUAAUGUCUUUCUCUAGUUUGUCACUUUGAUGAACCAUUUUAUGACUGCCUGUAAAAUAUGUACACCUCAUUUAAAAUUAUUUCUAGUUCAGUUAAAAAAGAAGGAGGGAGCGAGAAAAACUUUGAAAUCUUGCACGAAUCUGAAUAGAAUCAGCUUAGUUACAUAAGACAAUGUCCAAUAUUCUCUCCUAUUGUAUUUUUUUCUGUUUACAUUCUGAUUUGGAAUUUUAUAAGCGUGUGAAUCCAGCUGAUAUUCACAAAGAGUUUCAUGGCAUUAUUCUGCUUAGUUUUUGAUUGAAACAACUAAAAUUUGAGAUGAGCUCAAGUUUUAUAAUAAGCCUUGAGAUAAAUCAUAACCAUUGCAACUUCAUACCUUCUUUUCUUGGGUGUCGUUGCAUGCUUGCAGUUAAUUUGGUCCAACCUUUGCAGUGAGCUGGAAGUAUUAUUCAAAUUUAGCCUCAAUCCAACAAACAAGUAAUAACUUUAAAAGAGUGUCCCUCAUCAUAAAUUAUAAAUCCUGUUGAAAUUUGUGCCUCACUAAUUUCACUUUCAAAUGAGUAUUUUUGGUUUGAUAGUAGUGGUUUCUCCAAAUAAAGUCAUUUGCUUGUUAUUAUUUUCAAAUUAUUCCGCCGGAUCAUCUAAAUUCUCGUGGAUAGCUAGGUAUCCAAAAAGUGACAAAAUUAUAUUUGUAAUUUGGAAUACGUUUAAAUUCUUUCUCAGUUGUAUUGUAUCUGAAUUGUUACAUCUGUUUGAUAGUAGUGGUUUCUUCAAAUAAAGUCAUUUGCUUGUUAUUAUUUUCAAA